UGUAGAGCUACAAUCGACGCGAUGUUGUCCUCCGCCGCGGGGUUGAUGCGCGAGCACGCCGCCGCGGAAGGUCCCAUGGAGCCGCUAUGGCGUUCGCUGGUUGUUGCUGCCGACGGGCGGACUUGCGGGCCAGCCUCGGGCUACAUCUCUGGUUGCCGUAUUGCGCAAGUGAGCGACCGACCCCGGGCCGGCGCCGUAGCAGCUGAAAGAGUGCAGGCUGCCGAAAGUCGGCGGCCGCCUUGUCCUCCCGCCCGGCGGGCACGGUGGGGGCGGUCAGCCCCCUGCCCCCGCGUCGCGUCCGGCGUGCAGUGGGGCAAUGCUUCCCGGCCCCUUUUCUAACUUCUUGGGCGGCCCCAGCGCUGUGGCGCGCCCGUGCGGCCCCUUUGGUGUCUGACGUUGUGCCCCCUGGAUCCCGUUUCCGGGGUGGGCCGCCCUGUUGAUUGGAGCGAGUGAGCGCAAGCAAGCUCGGGCCGAACGGGCAGAAGCUAACUAUCUAGCGCAUGUUCUGCGGCCUUUGUUUUGUGACUGCCGUUCGUUGCCGUGCCGGGGCGCGCGUCCGGGCAAGCAAGGUUUGUCUGGCAGCUGCGUUGCAGGCCGUGCCUGCCUAAAAACCCACCGCCCCCCUCGAUGGGACGCCACAAGGAAGACCAGAUCAGACGUGUGUGGUUCGCAGCUCUGGCAGGCCUUGGCGCCGGGGCGUAUCGUAUGUGUUGUGUGCAUCUAUACUUACAUUGUUCUUUGGCAUCGGGUGUUCGCGUUUCUUUUUUUCUUGACAUCGUAUGGUCAUUGCAGAGUGGUGUUAGCUACACGAGACUGGUCGUCAGG